GGGAGCUUAUGGGGGGACCUUGUGGGCGGGGUCCCAUGACCGCUCACCACAGGACCCCCCGCCGCCAUGGACCUCGAUUCCGUACCACGGGACUUUGUUGGCCAGGGCCUAGGCCGCAGCAUCGAUUGGCAUUUCUGUUAGAAUGUGCCUCGAGCUAUUCGCAGGGUUGACUGGCAUUCUGUAAUUCUGUCAGCGGUCUGGCUGCGGCCGCAUGGUUGAGAGUUGAUCCGCAUGUGUAGCCACCGGAACUGUGAGCGCAGUUUCUGUGAUCUGUUGGGCUUAUGCCUCUGGCUCGUCCCUGUGCCUGUCCGAAGACCGCGCAAAAGGAGUCAGGUCGUGACGCCGUGACAAUGUGGAUGCAGCGCAUCCGCCUUCCACCUCCUGCUCCCUCCUGCUCGGCAUCCUCCACCUCCUCUCCAUCUCCUGCUCCCUCCAGGCACCGUUGUCUCCAUGUGCGAGGAGAAGGCGACGGACCGUGGCAGGAUCGCCCGAGCGUCUGGCACGUCUUGUAUGGUGGUGGGGCACUCGGACGACAACCGCAAGACGCGCAUUCGCCUCCCCAGCGGCACGCGGAAGACCAUCCCGUCCACUUGCCGCGCCAUCGUGGGCAUAGUGGCCGGCGGAGGCCGCAUGGACAAGCCAGUGCUGAAGGCUGGCAACAACUUCCACAAGUACCGCGUCAAGCGCAACAGCUGGCCUAAGGUGCGCGGUUGCGCCAUGAACCCUGUGGAGCAUCCUCACGGCGGAGGGAACCACCAGCAUGUCGGGCACCCGACGACCACCAGCCGGAACGCGCCACCGGGUGCCAAGGUCGGCUUGAUCGCGGCGCGCCGCACAGGCCUGCUCAAGGGCGGCAAGGGGAAGAUGAACAAGUGAGCUGCCGAGGCUCGUUGAGGAUGAUGAGGAGGAGGAGGAGGAGGAGGAGGAGGAGACAGGCAGGCAAGCGCGCAGCGCAGCGCACGGGGAUGGCCCGCGGCCGCGCAGAAGUUCAGGACGAGGACCGCGGCCGCAGGCGGCACCACCAGAGAGGCGAUCCGGCCCCAGGAGGAAAACGGGCCCUCCGAUCGCCCCCUCCGCCCCAUGCUCGUCCCGCUUCCCAUCGCCGGCAGCACCGUCUGGCUCUCGUCUGGAGUGGGGCCGUGAU